UUGAAAGAGAAGUGCAAUCCUUCCUUCUCUCGAUCGAGCCAGUCUUGUGGAUUAAGUCUUCCUAUGUAAGCCAGACUACGGGAGCUCAUCCUCUUCGAGACUGUCUCACUCUCUGUCUCUUUCACUCUUUCCAUCUUUCUCUGGAUGCCUGGCACUGCCAUUGCAGGCACUAUGGACAUGGCACAGUGAGCUGCUCUGUUUUUUUUUAACAUUUACUCUAUGUUUCAUUAUUUUCUGCUCUUCAUCACUCUCCAUUCACUUCAUCAUUUUUUGCCAUCCCACUCACUUACUCCAUCAUCCUCUUCUCUCCUCCUCACUUUUCUUUUUGCUGUCUCAGACUCAGAGCAGCAAUGUGCAGCCACAAAGUCUUAGCUCUUAGCAUUAGCAGUUAGCUGUCUACGCCUUCACUGGGAGGAAGGCUUUUAGGGGUGACCCCCACCCAUCGCCAUCCUCUGGUGCCCACCACUGACCCCCCCACCCUCCCACCCACCAGGUGCAGGUUGGGAUGGGCAGGGGCCGGGUGAGUUAGCCAGGGGCUGGAGGGCUAGCAACAGGGCAGGCAAUGCCAGAUAGUAAAGGACGAGGACAAGAAGGAGGUGGAGGCGGGUGCUUGCAGGCCAAGUGGAGGCUGACGAGGGGAGGCAGCCGCUCUGCCAUCCCUGCACUCUUCACCAUCACAGAGGAAGAGGAGGGACAGAGAAGGAGAAAUGCUUGCAGGAAGAAGAAAAAAGCCUCUUACUGUCAGUAUAAAUCGGAGGAUGGCAGAGGGUCUUCAGCCACCCGCCCCAGCUCCUCUGGCUCCAUACAGAUCUACACUCCCACCCUGACCCCGACACCCGUCCCUACCCCCACCUUCACGAGCACCACCAGCACCAGCCCCAGUAACAAUGCUGCCACCAAAACGGACUCGUUGCUCUUCAACAAGAUUGACGAGCGACAGAGGUUGGCCCGAGAGCGCCGAGAGGAGCGUGAGAAACAGAACGCCGUCAAAGAGGCCCAGUGGCAGGCCCGGGAGGAGAGGGCCCGGCAGCACUAUGAGAAGCACCUGGAGGAGAGGAGGAGGCGUCUGGAGGAGCAGAGGGUAAAGGAGGAUAAAAGACGAGCUGCUGUAGAGGAGAAACGGCGGCAGAAACUGGAGGAUGACAAGGCUCGUCACGAGGCGGUGAUGCGCCGGACUAUGGAAAGAAGUCAAAGAACCAGACAGAAGACCAACCGCUGGUCUUGGGGAGGGGCACUGCACACAAACGCUCCCAGUACACCAGCCGGUUUUGUCGAGUCGGCUUUUCUCUAUCCACUCGACCUUGCCGGGCUGGAGCACAUGCAGAGUGCUUUCAGUCUCUACCGCAGAUAUGGAAUGACCUCCCAAUAUGUUGACAGGCGGUCAGUGUCUACAAUGAAUUUAUCCAAACAUACAGACCCUGUCAUUACCAAGCGCCUCUCUUCGUCCUCCGCCACACUCCUACACUCACCAGACAGAGGUUUACAGAUGAGAACAGCCUCCUCCCCUGUCAUUAGCAAAGCUCAAUCCAAACCCCGCCUACAUCAAGGAAAGACCCCCCAGCACAAAAGUAAAGGUCUGCGCCGUCUUCCAUUGACAACAUGGGAAAGCAAUGUUGUGAACCGCCUGCAGCAGCCAACACACUCCUACCUGGCCCGCAGCCGCAGUGCCAUGAGCCUGUCUGGAGAGCAAACAGCCAUGCCUGUGUGUCCUCGCUCAGUGUCCUGCCACCCCAUGGGCUCCAUGUCCUUCAAGACCCUGCAGGCCCAACCACUGCCCCACUGCCGCAGCCAGGAGAGGAACCUCAGCAGGGACGCCGCCUCCUCAUCCACCCCUCGCAGGAGAACGACUGGAACCACACAGCAGCCGAAGGACCGUGACCAUGUCAGGAAGUCAUGGAGCAACCUGUCACUCCCAUUGACCCCCAUUUUCAGUUUGCCCCCCAAAAAGCGUGCCCCUUCUCCAGCCAAGAAGAACAGUAAAGCAACAGCACCCUCUCCUGGCAGACCUCCACAAAAGGCAUCUGGGCGUCCUCCAACCCCCAAGCUGCUCAAGUCUCCGGGAGCAGAGGACCCUGGAAACCUUCGUCCAAUCAGAAUCACACCAGACAGCCCCCCGGCUUCUACCCCACCCACCAGAUCCCAAGAUGAAGAGGAGGAGGAAGAGCAGGUCCUCAGUCCUUCACAGCCUCGGCCUCAGCCACUGGGUCAGAAUAAGACCAGCGCUGAGCAGACACCACCAGCACCCAGCGAGAGUGUGAGUAGUCCUCCGGCUCACAAGCCUUCAGCGGGAACCACAGAUCCAGAGGAGGCGAGUCGUAUCUUGGCUGAGAAACGACGUCUUGCCCGCGAACAGAGGGAACGGGAGGAAGAGGAGCGCAGGCAGCAAGAGGAGCAGGCCAGAUUAGCAAAGGAGGAGAUGGCUCGUCGCAAGGCAGAGGAGAGGGCAAAAAGAGAGGAGGAGGCCCAGCGCCAGGCAGAGGAGAGGAAGAGGAAGGAGGAGGAGGAAAGAAAGGCAGAAGAGGAGAGACUUCAGAAGGAGAGAGAGGAGGCAGAGAAACUCCAGAAACAGAAAGAGGAGGAAGAGUCACGGCAGAGAGAGGAAGCAGAACGACUAAGACAAGAAAGAGAGAAACAUUUUCAGAAAGAAGAGGCUGAACGUCUGGAGAGAAAGAAGCGUUUAGAGGAGAUCAUGAAGAGAACAAGACGAUCAGACACAGCAGAGAAGAAAGUUCUUCCCAACAGGAAUGGAGAUAGUACAGUGAGUUCUGCUUCUCCGAGUCCGUCUUCAGUCACUGUGUCACCAGCACAUCAAAGCAACGGCAACAGCCGCCAGUCUGAGUCCAGCCCAAACCCCAGCACCACAGCACUGAGCCCAAGGGAGAACGGGGAGUUUGAGGAGGUGAUUGAGCUGCCUUCACAUUCCAGGUUGUCUCCUCCUGAGGGAGAGGAGGAGCAGCAGCCACAGGACGAGGGGAGAGUUCCUGUCAUAGCGUUCAGGGAGAACGGCCUCCUGAAGCCUCUGAGUGGAAUAGAUGAGAUCUCAGCCCAGCAGGGACCAGAUGUUGCCUGAUGCCCCAUGAGAUCAAGAUGAUUCACCGCCCAGAAGCAGAAGAGAGACGAUCAGAGGGAGGUGGAGAAAGUCAGAGCUGUUGGAUUAAAUCCGAGGACGGGCUCGCAGCAUCACGGCCACAUCCUUCCAGAGGUUUACUUUCUCACCCUGUUCCCUGCUGACAGACGAGCACCGACCGCAGCCAUUUCCCAAAGAUGGUGUCUCCAAAGAUCUUCCCCUUAAAAGCAUCUUCAGAGAGAUGUUCCUGUUGUUUAAGUAACUCUCUGGGAAACAGAUCAUCUCUGUCUCUGACCACGAUCUGGUCUGUUUGUUUAGUACACAGCUGUUCUGGUUUGUAUCCCAACAACAACCCCUGACUCUGAAACGUGUGUCCUGUGACGUCACCAGAAGGCAUUGAACACCAAUUCCAUCUUGUGACUCAGAGUGUGUGUGUGUGUGUGUGUGUGUGUGUGUGUGUGUGAGUGAGAAUGAGACUAAUAAUAAUGUAAACUGUGAUCAGCUGUUAAGUCUUAAUCCUUAAAGGUUUCUGUCACUAUAGAACAUAUUGUAAUCAGAGUGACAUUAUCAGCAAUAUAUGACGUAACUGGAACUUGCACAACAGGCUCAGAAUUACAAGGUUUCAUUAAAGCUUUGGAGCCUCAAUAUCAUAAGACUUGAACGUUUCUAUUGAAAUGUUACUAAAAGAGAUUGAUUCUAGGAACGAUAUCAGUGCAUGAAGUUGUAUUAAGAAAACAGGAAAGUGUCAUGUAAUAUAUGUUUGCCGUGUUUAAUACUAGAGGUUAUUACUGAGGUGAGGAGCGGGUGGAUUAUUGCGGAGAUUGUUAAAUAAUGACAAUGAAUUUACAGUUCUCAGACUACUGAGAGUUAGGGUGUAAACUACUGAUUUUGUGUUUAGUUUCAUUUAAUUGCUGUACAGAUAAAAUGUUAAGAUUCUUUUCGUCUUCAUCCUGUCUGCAUUUUCUGUUCAAAUUGUAAAAACAAAUCUCUUUCGACUAUAAAUCCUGCCCUCUAUGUUCCACUCGUUUACCCCCUCUCGGUUUACCCUCUCAAAGCUGCGUCAUAUCCGACCCUCACUGAGAAAGCGAUCAGUGGAGGAGGAUCUUGCUGUAGCGUAGUCACUUUUUUGUUGGAGGUUAAUCUUUUAUUUUGGCCAACAAAGUAUAAAAUGCAUUAAAAAUAAUUUACUGGUGGUGUUAAUUCUAAUUUGAAUAAUCUUUUUGAUGAAGGAUUGAAGAAUAAAUGCUGCUAAUCGUGACGUUCUUUGCCUUACUGCAUUGUUUGAAAAAAAAAAAAAAAAAAAAAAAGAGAUGAUGCCAGAAUUUGCCUGCACUCAUUCUCAUUGAAAUGUACUUGUGCAUUCCCAGCAUGACCUUUGACAUUCACACGACCAGAUUCUCCAGUGGUUUCUAUUUGAUUUAUGUCAAUAUAUGUCAGCUUGUAAUAAGAAAAUGAAGCUGCGAUGCAAGCGUAAAAGCAAUUGGUAUUAUUAUAUGAACUAAAAUGUGCAAAAAACAUUGGAUCCCUUUCGUUAUUUUCACCAAAGCUUCCAUCUAACAUUUGGUUCCCCCUCUUUUCCUUUUGUAUGCUGCAGUACCACCAAAAUAUGAAGUAUUUUCAGAGGGAUUAUCAAUAACUAAUGGUAUGUAAUGCUGUUUUGCAAAGCAUGCAGUUAUCAACACUGGAACUUGAUGUAGCUUGCUUGAAUAAAAGCAAAAAUCAUUUGUAAAGUAGAUGUCAUAUACUUUAUGUAUAAAGGUUGAUUUAUUUUACUAAGACUGACCAUGAUGCUUUGAAAACCACCAAACCCAUUUUUCUUCAGAGGAAAAGGGCUGAGAUGAGUUGUGUAUACGCUGUGCAACUGGUGCAGUUGUGCUGUUUGUGCAAGUAAAUAAAUUUUUGAAUUGAUUACCUA